CCUCAUGGAAGUCAACAGCAAGAAGAGAGGAUCCUGUAUUCCAACUAUUCAGCGAAUCUUACGUGGACAACUUCUUUUUGUGUUGACGUUUUUGGCCGUCGUUCUCGGAUUUAUAAUCGGGUUUGGAAUUCGUGAAGUUAGACCCUCUACAGAUGUUAUACAAUGGAUCGGUAUGCCAGGCGAUCUUUUCAUGAGGUCUCUACAAAUGAUGAUUGUUCCCCUCAUUGUAACCAGUAUCAUAAACAGUACGGCUUCGUCAGAUCUAAAAUCUAACGGAAGAGUAGGACUGGUAUCUAUCACAUACAUAUUGCUGACGAAUUCAAUGGGAUGUAUUAUUGCUAUAACACUUAUUUAUAUCAUUAAACCAGGACGAGUCAAUGUUGUACACAGCGAAAAAGUAAUGGUCAACAAAAUUCAGUCACAAGACGUUUUUGCAGAUUUACUUAGAAAUAUCAUACCAGAUAACUUAGUAGAGGCAGCCUUUCGCAAAACACAAACACAAUUCCAGUCUAAAAUUGUUUGGAGCGAAUCGAAGAAUCUUAGUAAUUCUACUAAUGCCACAGCAGAUGUAAAACAAAAUCUGGAAAUGGUCAAGAUUGUAGGGAAAUCAUAUGGACCAAACAUACUCGGAUUGAUAUUGGCCUGUUUGGUCAUUGGGAUUGCUGCUGGGAGAUUUAAAGAAAAAGUCAAAACAUUUAUUGACUUCUUUGCCAUGAGCGCUGAAAUUGUGUUGCAAAUUCUUAGAUGGUUUAUCUGGCUAACUCCUAUAGGCGUGAUAAGUCUUACAGCUGCAUCCAUAGCAGGUGCUCGUGACGUCACGGAGACAUUUGUCAGCCUGGGAUAUUUCGUUUUGACAGUCACCUUGGGGCUUGUUUUCAGCCAGGCCAUUCUUCUUCCACUCAUAUUUUUACUUUUACUCGAAAAAAAUCCCUACAAACAUAUCCUAAGUGUAAAGCGGGCUUGGCUGAUAGGAUUUUCUUUCGGGUCCUCGGCUCUUGCAAUGCCAAAUCUUCUGCAUGUAUGCGAAAAUGUUAUCAAAAUAGAGAGGCGGAUCACAAGUUUUGUCAUACCUCUUUGUUGUACAUCAAAUGGAGACGGCAGUGCCCUGUUUAUGUCAGCUGCUUCUAUGUUCAUUGCACAAUAUUCUGGGUAUACACUGACAUUUGGAAAUGUCAUAAUAAUAGGGUUUUUGGCAGCUUUUUCAACACUUUCCUUACCAGCCAUGCCCAGUGCUAGUAUAGUAACGAUCGUCAUGAUACUGUCAGCUAUAAACAUUCCAGUUCACGAGGUUCCUAUUUUGUUUGCUGUCGAAUGGUUUCUCGACCGACUUAGAACAGGGGCAAAUGUUGAAAGUCAUUUUAUCUGCGCUGGUAUCACAGAUCAUCUCCGUAGAGAGAAAUACCACUUACAGAAAGAAGAUGUCAAAAUGAUUACAGAAAUGGAACUCAUUGUCUACUCAGAUACAAUCUAAAAUAUUUGUGAAAUUGAAUUUUAUUGAGCAGUUAUUGACACUGUAAAUAUAUUUGUGCACCUUUUCCAUACACUCAUAUCCAUCCAAAUUCACACUUAUCGAUAUACAAUUCAUAAGUAAUUUUUAUUACAUCAAUAACAGAAAAAACUAUACUUGGGUCAAAUUUUAAUGCAUAAAUACAUUUUGUCAGUUAUUGCAUUGACAGACACUCAACAAAAAAGUUAAGGGCAACUUGAUUCUGUGCUCUUUUCAUGCCAUUUUUGCUUAUUGCUUAUUUUUUGCUUUAUUCACAUUCCUGUGAUGUUGGCUGUAUUGUAUACUCAUUGACAAACUACAAAAGGUACUGGAUUCGAUAAUACAAGGGUUGUUCGAAAAGUUCUUGGACGGUGUCAAUCUUCGUUAAAUAACUCACUAGAAAUAUUUAAAAAGCAAAAUAUAAAAUGUAAAAUCUUUGUUUUGUUCAUUCUAUACGAUUUA